GACAAUCCGAUGCAACCUUCCAGUACACUUCAGAAGCGAGUUCAAUGGGUCUUUCUACAGAGAGACGCAGCCUGAACCGGGCUCACUGAGUAAAACAGGGUGCCCAUCUUGACGCUUUCGACUACAGCGACGGACAAUCGGUGACACGUGAACAAUCGACGGCAGCGACGGACAAUAGGUGAUCAAAUGGCUGCCGAGAAAUAAUCUGGAGACUCCGGAGCCUUGGGAAGAGGAGGCGCCAUUGCGGUGAAUAUGCGGCCUCGCCCCGGAAGCAGGAAGAGCCGGGGGCCCUCGCUUGCACGGGAAUCCCCCUUCCAUGACUGAGCUCUCCCUGGAGCCCGGCAGGAGUCGUCGGGGCGCUGCAUGGGUUGGAUUUUCCAACAGUGGAUAUGGAGCUUUCUGCCAGUGAACUCAGCAUUUAUGAUAAACUCUCAGAGACCAUUGACUUGGUGAGACAGACUGGCUACCAGUGUGGUAUGCCUGAAAAAGCCAUAGAGAGAUUCAUCAGGCAACUACUGGAAAAAAAUGAACCCCAGCGGGGACCCCCACGAUAUCCUCUUUUGGUGGUUCUCUAUAAGGGUCUGAUUACCUUGGGGUUAGUUUUACUAACUGCAUAUUUUAUGAUCCAGCCUUAUACCCUUUCGCCACCUGAGGCUACACUCACCAAAGCCCAUGCGUGGGGCUCUCUCAUCAGUCAUAUCCGACUGCUGCCUUUGCCCAUCACCAAGAAGUACAUGCUGGAGAAAUGUCAAGAUUGGUGGAGCCAAGAUUGUAGACGGAAUGUUUCUCUGAUCACCAAUUGUUCUUGCAGCUGUUCCAUGAAAAAUCUUAGAGCAGUAGCUGACCUAGAACAGCUAUCAGAAAAUCUCCUGCAAUCACAGCCUCUCAUCAUCAAGACAGGACAGUAUCGGUCUUAUGAUGAAAUGAAGCAUUUUCAGUCCCUGUAUCCUGAUCUGAUAAAUUUUGUGGUACAUGAAGAUUCAGCUGGAGCGAGGAGCAGCUGUUCAGGGCAGGGUCUUCUAUUUCACUUUUUCCGGAAAAAACCUCUGAAUAAAAGUCAGAUUAUAGAAGAGAUUUUCCCCAUUUUCUCUUCAUUGGGGUUCCCAAACUCUCUUUCCUUGGAAAGCUGUUUUCUCAUCCAUCAAACAAAACUUCAGGAUAAGACAUACAGGCUGCAGAGCACCUUUGUGGUUGGAAGUGGUCGGCUUACCUUAAAUGCUGCUCCUUCAUCUUUGUGCAGAGAGCAAUGCCAGAUGCUGGUGGUAGAACUGGAAGCCGGGGAUGUUGGCUUUGCAAACAUGGAAUAUUGGACAACAAGUUUUAAUUCUGUGGGAUCUGAGCCCACUGUUGUUUGUGAUGGAUCUGCCAGCUAAAAUGCUUGAGAAAGGAGCCAGUUUCCAUAUGAGAGAACUACGCAAUCCAAGACAAGGAAGCAGAAUACAGAAGAGAUAAGGAUGAUGUAGCCGGAAUUUCCAGGGAUGUGUUUUUCCUUAUUCUGCACAUCUGCAGUGAGGAAGGCUGUGCACUUUAAAAGGGCAUCUUCAGCAGACCUUCAAGAUAACGUGGAUCCUUCCUUAAAUGUAUCAGAACCCAAGCUGGAGGAGUCCAAGAUCUUUCUGUUUUUUAUAAAGUUGUCCUGGAAAGUCAAUGGAAGGGUUUGGGGAUGGGGGAGGAUCUGAAACAUACUCUUUGUGACCACUGCUGUUCUUGACACUUCAGAGGGAGUUCUUACUAAAUACUUCUUUCUAGACGUUCUGAAGUAGUGUUAUCCAGGCUGUUUAUUAGUCUGUCUCUGGGUCACGUCUACAAAGGGAGCAAGUUACUGAAAUGUAGUCUGAGUCCUCCUAAGGACACAACUGCAGGAGUAAUCUGUUCUGAUUCUGUGUUCUAGCCUGGGCACAAGGAUUUCUUCUUCAGCUGCAGCCUUUGCCAUUAUGUGAUGAUCCUUCUGCAUUAUCACAGUAUCCCAGCAUAAUUCUUUCCAGUAAAAAAUCCACUAUGUUUUCUCCCCUAAUAAUCAUCUGGUGUGACUUUAUGUAGUCAUCCUUUUCAGUAUACUGUAUAUGUGGGGUUUCUAUAUGUGACAAGGAAAAAGCACUAUGCAAGCACUCGAUCCCUUUUCAUUGUUAUUGCUUCCCUACACUGGAUCAAUUUAAUGCCAAAUCUACGAUUUUUCAAAAUGACUAAUCAUUUGGAUGCUUGGUACAAUUGGCUGCAGGGCUGGUGUUCUUUUUCUUUUCCUUUCCUUUCUUUCCCAGAAAGUACUGAAAAUGAUUCUUCUGAAAAUUAGGCAUUUUUGAAGGUACCCCAAAUGUAUCUACCCUGUGGUCUGCUGCAGCCAUUUCCACCUAAGCCUAAGAAAUGAUGCUAGUAGAUUUCCAUGCAUAUUUUGCUUGAAUCCUCUUGUUUAAAAAUGCUGAUGGGUGGAGACUUUAAUUACUGUAAUUAAAGGCAGGGUUGUAACAGGGUGUUGUUAAGGAUUGUGUUAUGUGUAUGGUUGUGUGGUGUUCCCCUUCCCCUGUGUUUUGUUGUUUUCUUGAGUUUUAAUCCAUAUUUUAGAAUGCACGUUGAGUAUCCUUGAGCUCCUUCCAAGCUUCUCUGUCCAGGGCCUUUAGAGAAGAUCAGUUUCAAGCAUGUGCUGUCUACAAUUGUAGUGGUGCUUCCCAAGGGUUCCUGGUUUAUUAAGAUAAUUUACAGAUGUGUCAGGCAGGCUGAAGUCAGAGCUCAGCAAUGAGGGCUGGGGCAUCCAUUUGAACAUGUUUAUAUGCUAUUGGGGAUUUUUGAAAAGAGUUAACAGUGCAACUUUUCAGACAAUACGAACAUGUUUGUUUAUAAAAAGAGCUCAGUUUUAAGGAAAAGGCUGAAACAAUCUAUUUUUUUGUUGCUAGAAAAUUUAAGUUGAAUAUAUUAAUAACCAUAUUGCAAUAGCAGUUGAAGGCCCCUUCAGAAACAGAGCCCAAUUCUUUUGAGUUCUGUGCCAAAUUCUCCUUGUUUAAUUUUAAGCAUUCUGCUCAUCAGAUGCACCUAACUGACUUGUAGGCUGUGAUGGGAGAUUAGUUUCUUACUUUGAAAUUGAAGGUUUGUGUAUUACGAAGAUCAACAAAUAAAAUAGGGGGCAGCUCUCUGGAGACUUGGCCCUUUGAAGGUUUUCAAUGUGCCUCCUUCUCCAGCAUUUCUUUUUACCAGAUGGCUAAUUUUUGCUUCAACCACCCCAUGUUUUCCCUCUUCCUUUUCUGUAUGUUGGAAACUCUCGCACUUGAUUCUUGCCAGCAUGUCUGACAUCAGCAUGAUAAGCUUUGAGGAGUAUCUGCUAACAGCAUGUAGAGUAAGACUGGAUCCUGUUUAUUGUGAGCUGAAGCAAAUAUUCCUAACCCCUCCCCGCUCCCCCCCCCCCAAAAAAACAACAACCCAGUACAACCUACUUUAUUCCCUGAAAUCAUGCUCCUAAGGGCUUGGUGGAAUAUCAGGAACAGAAUAAUGGUGCAAAGCGAAGGUGGGUAGGUCAGUCUGAAAUUGCAGGAGGGAAUCAACUGUCCCCAGAAAUAUUGCCUGCCAGCAGAACAUGGUUAGGAUCCAGGCUGCAGAAUUUGCCUUUUUAUUAAUCCUAAACAGGUGAAAAGCACCUGAAUUUAUAACAAAGUUACAGAAAAUCAUCCUGAUCUCAUUUGAUGAAGACAGUUAAGCAGUGCGUGAAAGGCCUGAAUAAGUUAAUAGGAGUCUGAAAUUUACUUAUUUUGAGUGCUUAAAAAAAAACAUUUUGAAGAAAGCAACUUUAUUUUGGUUUCUAGGUUUAUCCAGAUCUGUUGUGGCCAAGGAUGGCUAUUUUUUUAAAAAAAUAGUUUGAUAUGGACAAUAUUUCUAGUUUGGUAGUAAAAUCCCUGCGCUUAGAGAAUUGUUUCAGUCAUGCCGACAGCUAAUAGCAAAAGGGUUUUUAAAAAUCCUUCUUUCUGCCAACCUCUUGAGAAAGCUGUGGCUUUGCAGGCCAGCUUGUGCGUGUGCUGUAUAAGCAUUCUCAUAAAAUAUUUUUUUUCUCCUCAAAUGAAGGUCAGGAAAUCGUCUGUUAGACAAGGGAGAAUGAGUGUUCUGCUAACAACUGGCUUUCCUGUGCACUCUGUCUUUCCACAGGCUUUUGUCUUUGUAUCUAGGAGGUACUGUGCACAUGGCCAAGCCUCACUCCCUCUGGAGUUUACCUCAUUUGUUUUCAAACUUCCAGUACAUUUUCUCCCUCCCCUUCCCCAAGCAACAAGGAAUUAAAAGCAGAAGUAAUUGCUCAACAAGAACCAGAGGUCCAAGUUCUCUGAUCUGUAUCUGAUUAAGACCAUUUCAUCUAAUCACAGCUCUUCAUGGCUAAUCUGAAAUGCCAGCCACCAUUCUAGUGCAUGCUGUAGCACCUGUCUGUGUCUGUCCCGACAGUGGUUAGAGGAAUAAUAAUGUCCUUUCCAACAAUUACUGCAACCUUGGAGAAUAUGCUUGGAAAGGAAUCUUCAGGAAGACAGUUGUCUUAUGAAUUAAAAUUUUAGCAAGUCUAAUGAUUUGCUCUAAAUCUAUGAACAAGUCAGCUAUUAGAAAAAAGAAAUAAAAAGUUCUUCAGAGUAACUCAUGUCUAUGAUGCAGUCAGAAGGAAGCCUGCGAUAAGCAUGAUGUGUGAACUCUAGAAAGUUGGACAAAUUCCAGAUUUGGUAAUGAAAUAUGUGUCACAUACUUGGUUACAAAACAUCUCAGCAGAAACUGACUGUCUACAGUCACUGGCUUGUGCUGUUUCUCACUCCUCUGCAAUCUUUUGAUGCUUUUCUGUUGCAUGAUACUAAUUCUUUCUUGCCCAAAACAUUUCAGUUUUCAUAUGUGCCCAUAGCUACAUACCUUGGCUCAUUUUCCAUCCCUCAUUCAUGUGUCGUCUGCUAUGCCAAACUGCAAUUAGGUUAAUGUCUCAGCUCACAAUGCAUUCUUAUCUCCUGUUACUGGGAUCCCAAAGGUGGGCCUUCCUUGGUGUCAGAGGAUUGCUAAAGUUCACCUGCCAAGAUACAAAGUUUAUUUCCCAGUUUCUCUUUACAGUGAGAGGUUUUUUUUCCUAUGAACAAAUCACUUUGCUGUGGUGAAUUGACUUGAUAUGGCAUAAUGGCAAGAAGAAAUGAAUAGGGUGGGGACAGGCUUAUUGAUCAUAAGGUGAUUAAAUGGAAGGCUGUCUCUGUUGCCUAGGUUCAUUCUCUUACCCUUCAUUCAAAUGCACAGCUUGUGCUCAAGUGACUAUGGUGUUUCUCACAACUGCAGAUUUUAGGCCAGUUCCAAAAGUUCAAUGCAACAUUUGUGCAAAGUGUAAUCAAGUGGUUUUCUGAGUUUUUCCAAGCAGCUGUAGGGAGAAUGUGGGUUUUCCAGGUAAAUAAUGUGGAAAGAUGCAGUGUGACCUACUGUUUUCUACUCCUCUAGGAAGAGGACUCCAAAUUUUAAAAGAAAGGGGUAGUUGUAACGUGUAAUUUCAGCAAGAAUGUGUUACAGGUUGGAACCUUUUUGGCCUGCCACGUGGUCAGCACCCCAACCAUUCAUCCACUGCACUUCAGUUUCUGGGCACUUGUAACCCCUCCCCCAUGACCAAAUCUGAGUGUCAAGAUACCUAGCUGCUUUGUAGCAAAUGAAUGAGAAGGCAUUUAAAUCUCAGAGUAUUCCUUUUCCCCCUCUUUAUAGAUUAUAUAUAGGGGAAUAUGCAGUUCAGGGAAAUCUAAAAAUUGUGACUUUUAAAAGAAAAUUAUUUUAUUGAGUGUGGGAAAUGCUGGGCUUUCCUAUUGCUUUUAAGACUUGAAUAAAUUAACAUUAUUUGUCCAUGCACGGAAUAUGGAUAAAAUGGCUCACUGUUGUAUAUUAUAAUGGCUCAGGGCUGAAUGGGAAAUAGUGCCGUAUUUAUUGGACAAGCACAAGCACCAAAUUAUACAACUUUAUUUCACUUGCAAUGAAAGAAUGUAAAUAUGCAAUUAAUGCAGAGUUUCAUGGAGAAUUCUAAAUUAAUAUAUUGCAACUUUUUGUAUAUACUUGGGAAAUGCCUGUAAAGAAUGUAAAUUAGAACUAUUUGUUUGAGGGUGGGGGAUUUUUACCUUUUGCAAUUAAAAACAACUGUUGAUGCA